AACGAGAAGAAGAAUCGUUCACGUAGCAUUGUUAAUUACAACGAGGGCGCUGUACGUUUAGUUCCAACAAAACCCGGCGACUCGACAUAUAUCCAUGCCUCGCAAAUUCGACUUCCCUAUUCCAAUUAUAUCAUUGCUCAGGCUCCAACGAAGCAUUCGUUCGUCGAUUUUUUGCGGAUGAUUUGGCAGUAUCAGGUUUCAGUGGUGAUUUGUCUUGUACCACUCCAUGACCCGGACACCUGCUAUCCAUAUUUCAAUCCUCGACGACAGAAAGUUGUUAGAGUAUCUGUCGGUGUCAUUACAACAAAAUGUUAA